GGACAGGCACAGGAUGGGAGGCAGGUAGCCAUUUCCGGGUAGAGUGCAGGUCACCUCAAACAAGAUUCGGCUGAUAAAAGAAUUGCGAAGCAGAACUUAGCAGGGCGAGGCAGCCGCGUCUAGUCUGCUGACUUGGCAAACCACGGCAGAAACUGUGCUUAAACAAGGAGGACUUAGCAGGACUCGCCAUGAGCGGCCGAAGACCCAAUCUGCAAGACCUAACACGCCUUCUGACCGAGGGGCGGUUCCGCCAAGUCCGUUCCCAGGAAACAUCUCCCAGGGUCCAGGCUAGCACAGGUGGACCCAUCCACCAGGAGGUGAAGACUGGACCAUCUGAGGCACCGCAACCACCCUCAGGCGGACAACAUGACCUCCCGCAAACAACGUUGGUGGAGGCCGGUGGGGCGGACGUCCCGCGGUCACUAGAGGCUUCAAGCGUGUCUCAUGGAGGUAAUCAGCAUACAGAGCCCGGGGGAGAGACCGUGGGGUCCCCGAUUGAUGAGUCCAACGGGGACCUGACGGAGUUCGUUCACGAGGUCGAGUUUCAGCACAAUACCCUCCUGGGAAAGAUGCAGCUCCUGAGAGAGGCUUUGGCGAAGCAGCUCGCGCCCACAGAUGAGCGGGAGGAUGUUCAAAAGAAAACCUUUGCGAAGUGGAUUAACAGUCAAUUAGUUAAGGGUCAGCAUCCACCAGUCACAGAUCUUUUUUAUGACUUACGAGAUGGCACUCGACUCCUGGCUUUACUGGAAGUACUUACUAAUAAAACAUAUAAACGAGAGAAGGGUCGAAUGCGUGUACAUCACUUGAACAAUGUGAGUAGAGCAUUGAACAUCCUAGAGGAGCACAGUGUGAAACUGGUCAACAUAUCUAAUGAACACAUUGUGGAUGGUUCAGCGAAGUUAACACUGGGACUAGUGUGGGCCAUUAUUUUACAUUGGCAGGUUCAAGGUGUUCUUAAAGAUGUGAUGUCUGACUUGCAACAAACCAAUUUAGAGAAGACUCUUCUAGCAUGGUGCAGGCAAACUACCAAGGGAUACCAUGGAGUUGAUGUUCGAAACUUCACCACUUCAUGGACAGAUGGGCUUGCUUUCAAUGCUCUCAUUCAUAGUCAUCGUCCCCAACUAUUUGACUGGACUGUGAUGGCAAGAAAGCACCCAUAUGCUCGCUUGGAGAAUGCUUUCAGACUUGCUCAUGAGAAUUUGAACAUUGAGAGACUUCUAGACCCAGAAGAUGUGAAUUCCCAAGUGCCUGACAAAAAGUCAAUUAUGAUGUAUGUAAUGUGCUUGUUCCAAGCUCUUCCUCACGGAUCUUUUACCAUGGAGAGUUUGGAUGUUGCUCUACAAUCAGAUUCUUCCUUAUCUGUUGAAGGCAGUGGUGAUGAUGCCUCUCACAUUGCCGCUAAGGCUCGACCACUUUCGACUGCCAGUAUUGGUUUGAGUGAAUAUCAACGAACAUUAGAAGAAGUUUUGACCUGGCUUCUAGGAGCAGAGGACAGAUUGGCUGCUAUGCCUCCUAUUGCUGACACAACAGAGGCAGUGAAAGAUCAGUUCCAUGAUUUAGAGGAGUUAAUGUUGGAGUUAACAUCAAAGCAGGGUGGCAUCGGCGAUGUGCUUGGUGAGGGAUCACGGCUGAUGAGAGAAGGAGUGAUGGAGGAAGAAGAGGAAGAGGAAGUUCGAGUGCAGAUGAAACUGCUUAACACCCGUUGGGAGGAGCUCAGAGUCAAGGCUAUGGACCGUCAGUCUAGUCUACAUGAGAAGCUAAUGAGUCUUCAGCAAAAGCAGCUAGAAAGCUUAAAAAAAUGGCUGACUGACACCGAAGAUCGUAUUGCGAAUAUGAGUCAGGUUGGACCAACAACAGAAAUUCUAAGACAACAAAUAUCAGCUCAUCAAAGCCUUCAACAAGAUCUAGAAAAUGAACAAUCAAACAUUAAUUCUCUCUCCAAUAUGGUAGUAGUUGUAGAUGAAAGCAGCUCAGAUAGUGCCUACUCAACUCUAGAAGAUGAAUUAAAUGCCCUUGGUGAGCGAUGGGCACACAUAUGCAGAUGGGCCGAGUCACGUUGGACAACAUUGCAGACUCUUUCAAUCCACUGGGAACAUUUUGAACAAGAAAUAGAUAAGUUGCGUCAGUGGCUGCAUGAAAAGGAAACUACCCUUCGCCAGGUUGAGAGCAAUCCUUCGUCUGAACAAGAGCACAUUCUCAGACAUGCUAGUAUGCUGCAGGUACUGCAGGCAGAGAUGGAAGUACAGCAUCGUUGUAUUGGCCAUCUCGAGGAAGAAAGUAGCAAAAUUUUCACCUACAUUCCAGAAGAGUCUCCUGCUCAUGAAAAUAUCUCGGCAGAAAUUGAAAGUAUACAAGAUCGUAUGGACUGCCUUGUGAGCAUGAUUGAGGCACAGACACAGAGAAUGGCAGCAAGUGGUAUUGAUAUUAGCAAAGUGAUGGCUCCCGUUGAUGAUUCUAGUAAUGUUUUAAGCUCUAGUACAACCACCAUAUCUCAUGAGGGCGCCACUGUCGUUACCAAGAUCAUCACAACCAAAAUUACUGAAACGGUGAAAGGCAGUGUAGUUAAACGCCAGAAGCUGGAGGGAAGCAGUCAAGAGGAUUUCUCUGUGGCAUUACAUCAGUUAGGUGGGUGGAUGGACUCGAUGGAAGCCCAGAUCAAGCCUAGGGCAAUGGAAGAACUUACACUGGAGCAGCUUAGUCAAAUUUGUCAACAAGUGGAAAGUGAAAUGGAUAGCCAAAAAGAGGAAUAUUAUAAAGUAGUCAGUCUUGGAGAGUCUGCAAUUUCUGAGACAUCUACUAUUGGAGAAUCGUCAAAAGAAAGUGAGCAACAAGUGGCAAAUGUGUCAAGCCGGUGGGAAGCUUUAACAGAGAUGCUCAUUGAAAUCAGGACACGCAUCACAUUUUUGACUCAGAAGAAGAAGAUAACCACAGAGUUGAGUGAUCUUGAAGUGCAUUAUCAGGGCUUUCUUCGGUGGUUUGAGAAUGUCCGCACUGUAAGUGAGAACGAACCAAAUGCAGUCUCUCUCCAGGCAGAACAGUGUAAGAGCAAAAUUGCUGCAAUGGAAAGUCAUAGUAAAGAUAUUAUGGCACUACAGUCUGCUGCUAAAGCCUUAAAUUUAAAAUGGGCACAAGAGACCCACAUUCUUGCGCAGCAGAUAGAUACCUUCUACUCCAAAUGGGAAAUCCUUGUGCAAAGAUUUCUGGAAUGGAAUGAAACUCUAAAACACAAAUUAGCUGAAGCUGAUACACCUUCAGCCAGAACGCCUCUAAAGCCUGUGCCCGAGUCUCUACUUAAAGCAAUGGGAGCCUCCAGCACAUGGUUAGAGAGUCUAGAAGCUGCACUGGCAACUGAAUAUUCUGUCAGUACUCUUCCACAAAUGCAGGAUUACCUUACCAAAUUUAAGGAUCUGUCUGAGAAGGUUGAGAUGGAACAAGGAAAUAUGGCUCACAUAAAUGAAACUUGUCAUAAGCUCAGUAAAGAUGGCCAUGUAAACAUAAUGGAUGACAUCACAAAACUGAAUAAACAGUGGGAAACUACCACUGAAGCUCUUCAGCUUCGUAUUAAAAGCAUUGAGAAAGUGAUUGAGAAACAGAAGCAGUACAAAGAUGAAGUUUCCGGGUUGAAGUCAUGGCUUGCUGAGGUAGACAUUUUCUUGCAAGCUGAGGAGGCUGCUCUAGGAGACAUUGAAACUUUGGAAGCUCAAUUGGAGCAGUCUAAUGCUCUCCAAGAUGAUGUGGCAACCUUACAGACCAAUGUGAACAACAUCACAACUACAGGAAAACAGCUGAUUGACGAAGGCGAUUCUGAGCUUAAGAAUAUAGUUGAAAGUCAGCUAGAGGAGUUGACUUCACGCUGGGAUCUUGUUACUGAGCUUGCUAGAGCGCAGAAUAAAAGUCUAAAGGAAGCUCUUGCUCGUAGUCAGAAGGUGCAUGAUGGUAUUGAUAAGCUAAAUGAAUGGCUUGAUGAGCUGGAACCAAAAAUUCCUUCCAAUGUUCCAAGAAAUACACCAGAGGAGCUCGGUAUUGCUGUUGACACUUUUACUCGGCUACGAGAGGAUAUUAGCAUUCACAGUGAUGACCUAAGGGCUAUCAAUAACAUUGGUGACGAAAUGUUGCAACUUGAUUCGUCAGCUACACAUGAAGAACUGGCAAGGCGGUUCACACAGCUUAACGGUAGAUGGACGGAAGUUGUCAGCCAGGUGGACUCGAAAUACAAAGUUUUUAUAACUGCAGCCCAACAAUAUGAAGAUUUUAAGAAGGUAUGUUCUGAGGAGUCAGAGUGGCUGGACCAACUUCAAGCGAAACUUGAGAGGUCAUCAAAGGAUGCAGCAGAUGCAGAGGAAAUAUCUGAAGCAUUGGAUGAACUCGAGAUUUUUCUUCAUAGUCAUGAUGAGAGUCGACUGGAACAGAUCAGGAGUCUUGCAGAAUCACUUGUACGUGAGGGCUGUGUUUCCGAGCCUGUACAAGAAAUCACUCGCUCCCUCACAUCUCGCUUUGACACUCUUAAUGCCCAGGCAAGUGAGCAGCAAUCUGGAUUAGAAGGUUGCGUGCAGGAAGCCCAAGCAUGGGAAAGGGAGUAUGUCAGUGUCCUUGAUUAUCUAGCACAAUCCGAUUUAAUCCUCACUCAAGCUAUUACGGACCAAAUUCAAGUUGAUCAGGUCCAGGUCCAAGCAGAGCUGCUGACACAACAAGAUGUGCUCAAGAAGAUGCAGGCUCAGGUUGAAGUCUAUCACAGUCAAGGAAAAACGGAAGCUGCAUUGCGCCUAGAAGAUCAAAUUACCCACCUGCAGAAAAAAUAUGAAGAGAUUGAAAUGAAGCUCCAUAUCUGUCGAAAGCCAAGUGACUUUGACACUCGCUUCAACGAGAUGAAUGAGCAGCUCCAAGAAAUUGGUCAGAGAGUUCAUCUGGUUAAUGUAGACUCUGGGAACCCUGAUGGGAUUCAAGAACAACUAAAUCAAUGUUUGGAUUUGUAUCAAACACUCAGUGAAGUAAAAUCAGAAGUGGAAAACGUGAUAGCAACAGGCCGUAAAAUAGUUAAAGAAGGGCAAUCUACAGAUCCAGAUGGUCUUACUCUUCAGCUAGACCAGUUGAAAGCACUUUAUAAUAAACUUGGUGGCACAGUAACAGAACAUCGUGGCAUCUUAGAAAAGGCCCUUCGCCAUAGUCGUAAGGUUCAGAAAGACUGCAGUCACUUGAAGGAGUGGCUAAGUACUACAGAGUGUGAACUAGAUCAACGAGAGGCAACUAUUCCUGCAAAAAAUAUAGAAGGGGAAGUUCAUUUUGCUGAGCAUGCCAUUGAUGAUUUGGGCCGCAAGAAGCCCUUGCUGACAGGCCUGCACGAGUCCUAUGCUGCUCUUGCUUCUUUGUCUGAUGAUUCUGCCUCUCUACAUCCCAUUAAAGAGCAAGUGGAUGACAUUGCCCUAACAUGGGAGCGAGUCAGUAUUAGGCUUGCUAACAGACUUAAGAAUAUGCAGGCUGAACAAAUGGCUAAGGAAGCUGAAAUGGAGAAAUUCAUUAUUAGCCUCGGUGAGAUAAAGGGCUGGCUAGAGAGUACCGAACACCAACUUCUUCACCUGAGCAAGCUUGAGCCCACUGAACAAGACAAGCUUAUCAAGAGUGUAUCAUCAGAAAUACAAAGCUACAAGGGUCAGAUUGAAAACACUCGUGACACAGCUGUGGAUCUCAUUAACCACGGAGUUCUGUUUCAAGCUCGAAUACAACCUGAGCUAGUGCUCAUAAAUCAGAGGUGGGAAAAUAUCUACAGAACUGUUCAGGUCAAAUCUGGGGAUUUUGAAGAUACAUUGAGCAAUGUUUCCCAAAAUGAAGAUGAUGACAUGUCUAGCUUUGGUAUAGGCCCUGAGUUGUCAGACACAGAAGCUAGUAAUCAUGAAAGCUUUGAGAAUAUGUAUAAACUAGAGCCAGAAGAUGUAAACGUCAGGGAAAUAGGAAAGGAGAGAGAGUUUGGUAGCAAUUCAACAGAUUUUGAUGUUGGUAUGAAAAAGAGGAAAAGAUUUGCCAAGUUUUAUGGAGAAGCUGACAGUGAAGUUCUUUAUGAGAUAUCCAAGAAAACAGAACAGCCUAUACUAGAGAAAUCAUUACCAGUUGAAAUACCCCUUAACCCACAGUCAAGACCCAAAAAAGUAAAAGGUGCUUCAGUUAUAACAGCAGAUAGUUUAGGAAAGGCAUUGUACAGAAAAGGCUUAACUACACAUGCAGCCGAUGAAGAAACAUGGGAAUUAAGUAGCUCCUCAAGUAUAUCAAGAAGCAGUAGGGGGUCAUCUUCAGAAGGCUCCAUUGAUUUUGGAUCUGAAACUCGUGGUGCUAUUUCAGGAGACUGGGAUGAUGCUCCUUUACCUGCAGACUUUAGUUCACAAAAUCUUAUUACAGAUGAUAAGCAGAGCAAAUCUCAAGAGCAGGAUGUGUUGCGAUUCAGUUUUGUUAGCUGUAGUAGCAUUGAAACUGACAAGGAUGAAGUUUUCACUGGUGGGGUUGAUAUAGAGAGCUAUGAAGAAGCGAGAGCACAAGUUGCAGAAAUUGAUUCAUCAUCUUCAGAUGAAAGUGAUGAUAUACAAGAACACUCAAAAGUUAGAAUAUCUGCUGCUACUAUAUAUGAGCAUGCUGUUAUUCAAGCACUGGAAGGAUCUCUAGGGAAGGUCAGUGAAAAGAGGAGCACUCAUAUGGAAGACUUUGGAUCUAGUGAGGCUGUUAUGACAGAUUGUACAGUAGGCCAGCAUAAGGUUAAAAAGGAACAAAGAAAUUGUGAAAAAACAGAAACCCUGGCGACUGACAAUACAUUAUUAUCUAAAGAUAUUGCAGAGCCAUCUGAUUUAAUUAUUAGCACAAACCUAUUAUCAAACAAGGAGCAUAGGGAGAGCAUUAAAAAUGAGUGUGAGGAAGUAGUGCCUGAUGUAGCUUUUCAUCAGUUUACAAAGGAAGAGCUUAUGGAAGUAGUUCCCGAGUUAAUAUUUGUAACACAGUGCACAGAAGAAUCCAGUGUAUUACUAAAGACAAUUGACGAGAGGAAAAUCACAUGCGAAUCACCAAUGGAAGAAAUAAGCGAGAUGGUUGUAGAGGUAGUUGCCUCAAAGCAGUUUCCAGAAGAGGAGAAUGUAGAGACCAGACCCAAAAUGAUGUGCACAGGUUUGACUCUAGGUUAUAUAGAACCACUUGAUAGUGUUAACUAUUCAAGUCAGAGCUAUGAAGCUGAUAAUGAAGGAAAAGUAAUUAAAGAGAUGAUGUAUGAGAGAACAUAUCCUGAAGAAGAAAUUAAUUUGAGGACUGUAAACAAAGCAUUAAAGAAAUCAAUAGAUGCAAAAUUAGAAGUUGGACAUCCUUCUAUUGAACCACAGUACAGUGCCAGUAUUAGAGAGGAAAUGGAAGGUUUUGAGACAACUAUGGAAAGCCCCUCAAGUCCGUCUAUCAGUAUUAAUCUUGUAUCAGUCGAAGUGGAAAAGGAAACUUCAGAAAUGGCAAGAUUGUCUGAAGUAUUAACGUCUGAAUGUGUAGAGUACAAAAUUGUUGAGAAGAAUAAAGUACGCACGUGCAGAGAUAAUGAAGAGAUUAAUUAUUCACAAGAGUCAUCUGUCAGGUUAAAUAAAAAACCAGUACAAAGCAAGUUUACUUAUGAAUUGGUGCCAUUUCCUGAAAAAGCUGAAGAUGAACAUAUGGAGAAGAUUUCAGAGAAAGAAAAUUGGAUGUUUGGAAUGAAUGUUGAGAAAGAUGCCACAAAAGAAGAUGAUUGUAAAGCUAGAGAUAUGCCAAGGAAAUUAUCUGUGUCUAGUAGCAGUUCAUCAGGCAGUAGCUUUGAGAUGGUGGAUCAUGAACCAGAAGCUGAUUUAGAAGAACAAUUGUCUACUUAUGAAGAAGUUGAAUGUGGAGAGAAAGACUGUAUAGCAGAAAAUGAAAUUGUGAUCGAGGAAGGAGCAAACAAAAUAGAUAAACCUGACAGAUUAGAGGAGCAGCUUGGCACAGAUAUAGGAAAUAUUUCUUUGGAAGUAAAGCUGGAAAGACAUGUUAGCAUUGAUAGCUCAGUGUCAACAUUGUCAGAAGCUGAAACAGUUAUUCACGUUCCAAUUGGUAGUCUUUCAAAGAAGACUUCUGAGACUGUUUCAGUGAGAGAUGACAGCCAAAUUGGUGUCAAAACUCCAAAAAGCAUUGAUGCCCAAGAAUCACUUGUUCGGUCUGUAUCAGAGGAAUUGAUAACAAAAACAAUUAUCCUUGAAGAUAAGUCACACAUCAAAGAGGCACCUGAAGGUAUUUUAACAAUUGCUGUAGCAAAGGAAGAGUUUAAGGAAAAUUCAGGUUUAGUGUCUAGGGGCCAAAAUGUUAUUGGUGGGGGGGAAAUGGAUAAUGAAUUGGUUUCUUUAACAGAUAAACAUGAUAAAAAAAUUUCAGCUGAUGAAAGUCUUUGCAAGAAUAUUUGUGAGGCAUCUUUUGUAAUGAAAGAUAAUGUAAAAGAUGGUAAUAAUUGUCAGCAAAAUUUCGUAGUUGUAGAGGAUGAAAACUUGAAAGCUGCAGUCGAUUUAAAGAAAGAGUGCGAUCAGUGUGAUCAGAAAGACACUUUACUGUCGAAAGAUGCAGUUGAAGCACUCGGAACUGUUGAAAAGCCAGAAGAAAAUACAAGAACAGCUGCUACAGUUCAAGAGACAUAUUUAAUGGGCGAAGAAGGCUGGACUGAAGUUAAAAUAAUUAAAUCUAAUUUACAAGAUGCCCUCAGAAUGGAGAGAAAAGUGAGCAUUGAUGUAGCUCAAGUCAUUCAAGCUACAGAAGUGAUUGAGGAGCAAGAAGUAACCAUUUCUAUUCCAGAUAUCCAUCAUGGAGACUCCAGAGAUGAAAGCAUUACUGCAUCAGAUAAAGAUGUAGAUCAUGCUGUCAUCGAGUCUCCAGAAAAUAUGUAUGUUUAUUUAUUACCCAAUUUUUGUGACAAAGAAAGUACUUCAGAUCAAACAAACAAAAAUAUUCCAAUUAACACAAAGAAAGACAAAGCUAUGUCCGAUAUUCCCCAAAUAAGUAAUAAGUUUUCAGAAACACCAAAAUCAUCAUCAAUUGCCUUUCAUGAAAAAUCAGAGGUUAAGACCACAGCUACAAUCUCAGACAUUACUGAGGCCAGUCCCAAAAGAGUAGUGAAAGAGGACUUAUUCCAAAGUAAAAUUGGCAUGAAUGUACCUGGUGAUGAAUUAAACAAGAACAUAAAAGACAGUUAUCAUUUGGAUAGGGAAGCAUCUUCACUUACUAACUAUGAAUUGAAAGACAUAGGUUUUGUUUUCAUUGAGGACAAUUCAUCUUCUAAGAUUAGUGAACAAAAGGAAGAAACAGAAAAGGAGAGUUCCACCUCCUCUGCUGCUUCAAACUCCAAUAGUUCUAGUCCAUAUUAUGAUGCCUCUGGGGAAAUGGUUGAAUCUUUAGGGUCAGAUGAUGUUUCCACAUCUUUGGAAGUGUUGCAUUCUUCAGCAGAAAUAUUGGAAACGCCAUUAGAGUGUUGGUCCUCCACCAACAACAGUCAGAUACAGUCUGCUGAAGAAAACAUAAACUCAGAGAUAAGAGAUAGACCACUUCCUCUAAGAGAGAACAUACAGUGUUUAGCUCCUGGCACUGAACAUCGCUCCUCACGAUUCAGCACUAUCAGUGUUCUCACUGAUGCAAGUGAAGGAGAGGUCAUCUUUAGUGAAACAGAGGGAGAAGAGUUUCCCUAUGAGGAUACUACUGAUGAUGAUUUAACCCUUGAAGAGGAAGCUAUUAAAACUAUGGUGGAGAAAAAACAAUAUCCUGAAGGAUCACCAACAGUGAAUGCAGGGCCAGGAACUUCAACAUCUGAGAAAGUAUAUGCAUCAAGAAGCUAUGUUAAAGAAAGCACUCAAGAGCAAGUCCAGGUCACCACAAGUGCUGCUUCAACAAUACUGCAAGAUAUCAAGCAGUCAGGACAACAGGAGCUUGGUGAUGAAGUUGAUGCUUUCCUUCGAGAAGUUACUGCAAAUGCAGAUAAAAUUACUGAAAUAAAGGCGAAAUUAGAGACAAUACCUUCCUAUCAGGAUGCCAAGGAAAGAGCAGAGACACUUGAGCAAGAGGUAGCACUGCUGGAACCUGAUGUUGCUACAGUUAUAUCCCAUGGUGACACCCUUACACUCACAACACACAUGGUGGAUGUUCCUAGAGCCAACACUAUUCGUGUUGCUGUUAAUGAUCUCCGUACACAUUGGUCAUCUCUCAAGAGUGAAACUGAGAAUGUAAAGCUGGAAUCAGAGAGAGUAACUCAAGAGAUGAAGACCAUCUCAGGAAAGGCAGAUGACAUUAUCAGUUGGUCAAUUGACGUGUCCAAGAGACUUCAUCUUCUCAACAAUGAUGAGAGUCAGUUAGAGGCACUUGAAAAUGAGAUGACGACUAAGAAGGCAGAAUUGGAUAAACUCAAUGAAAGUGGCAGCCUUUUGAAAAAAUACAAGUAUAAUCAGAUUCAGCCUGUUCUGACUUUGCUCAACAUGCGUUGGACUGAGGUCAGCAUGCAGUUCAGGCAAUAUCGCAAAGGUUCCUUGGAGAAGAAAAGCAUUGUUUCUACAACAAAAGUAGAAUCUCCAGAAACUGAACCUGUCAUUGUGCCAGACUUUGUGGCCAGUGUUAACCGGUUGAGAGAAGCUAUAUCCGUUAUCUCUCGCCAGCUCAAUUCCUCCAAGCUUGCUGGUAACCAGUAUGAUAAUCUCAAGAUGCAAGAGGAUGAAUUGAAGAGUAUUAAAAAAGGGCUGGAAACCCUAAAGCCAAGGGUUGAUGGUCUUGAAGCUGAGAGGAAUGCUACAGUCAGAAAUAUUACCCCUGCUGAGUCAGAACAAGUGCGCCGUGUUAUGGACAAACUCAGAGAAGAAUGGGCUCAGGUAAAUCGUGGGUACACUGAAAAACAUGCUCGAUGGUUACAGUGCUCCGAAACAUGGAGGACACUGCAGAAGACCAUUGAUGACUUUUCAGCUUGGUUGGACAUGAUUGAGGAAAAAGUUCAAUGUACUUCUAAUCAGCCAUUGCCAGAUGCUAAAAUCACACAGAAAGAACUUGAGAAGCAGGUUACUCUUAAGCACAGACCCAGUCAGACACUCCAGAACAUGUGCAAGGAGGUGACAGAAAGCAUGAAUGCUGAUGAUGGUAAACGUUUGCAAGAACGUGUUGACCAUCUCAUGAAACGCUGGCGAGCUCUGCUUCUGGAUCUUGCCGCAAGGAGAGAGAGAAUUGCUAGUGAGGAAGGGGGUAAAGACAUAGCAAGCAGUGAGUAUGAUGCACUGGCAACCUGGGUGGAGCAGGUCCAGGCACUUAUGGAUGCCCCGGUUAAUGUCACUGAUGAAGCCUCACUGUCUGCACACUCAACUAUGGUUCAGAAUAAUUUGGUGGAGAUGACAGCAAAGCAAACCGUACUGAAGAAACUAAAAGACUCAAAGACUAAAUCUGUCACUCCUGCUCAGAUGUCUACAUUAGAAACAAGUUUCAAUAAGGUUGUUAAGACACUACCUGAUUACAAAAAUAUGGUUGACACCAAGUUGGGAGUAAUCAAAACACUAGUGGCAGAUGUAGAGGGCCUCUAUAAGUGGACAGAGGAAAUGAGAGUUAAAGUGGCCCUUCGCAAUCUGACUGAGGAGGAAAUAAAGUUGUCCAAGAUGACUCUUAGAGAAAAGGAGGCCUUGUAUGAGAACCUUGACUCAACCUAUUGGGUGUUAGCCCAAGAUGCAGAAGGAAAGGGGCUCACUGUAGCUGUUGCACUUAAGAAUCGCAUGAACACCAUCGAGUCCCGACUGAAGGCUCUCCAGGGCCAGGUGUCUGAGGCCGGAGCACCAGCAGCAGCAGCCAUCACACCCACACCGACCUCCCCGACCUUCCCAACUCCUCUUCCUCCCUACUCGGCUGGAGGCAGGCAGAAGGUCGAUCAGGAGAAGGCGGUGAAGCAGGGGAAGGGGGCGGGGACAUCGACGACGACGACGACGGAGGCCAGUGUCCACGCCACCGGCACCACCGUCACCUCCAGUGUCACCUCUGUUAUCCAAAAUGUCAUCAAAUUUGAAGAGAGCGUGUUGAACACCGAGGGAGGGUUGCGGGCCCCCUCGCCCCUGCUCCACCCCCCUCGCCACGCCCCAGACUCCUCGCCCGUCCUCAUCCUCGCCUCCCUUGACAAGAGCAUCCUCCAGAUUCGUGACUGGUUAACGCUGAUGGAACAGAUGACUCGUCAGCAGACUGUGGUGGUGGGCGACGCUGACGACAUCCGCCAGCUGACGGAGAAGCAGAAGGAUGUUGCUUGA